GUGGAGACCGCCCGCCGCCGGGGACCGCGGGGGCCGCUGGGCUCGCCCCGCCUCGAGGAGUCAGGGGUCACCGGAUGGCGGCGGCUCGCUCCCCGUAGCGGAUACCCGGGUGCUGGGCCGAUGGCGCCGGCGGAGCGCUGCCCCCUGUGCCGCCAGACCUUCUUCUGUGGUCGCGGGCACGUCUACAGUCGCCAGCACCAGCGACAGCUGAAGGUGGCUCUGGAGCGGCUUCAGCCCCAGGUGGAGGCCGCCCGCAAGGCCGUCCGCGCGGCUCGGGUGGAGCGUUACGUGCCUGAGCACGAGCGAUGCGUCUGGUGCCUGUGCUGCGGCCGCGAGGUGCGGAAACACCUGAGCCACGGAAACCUGACCGUGCUGCACGGGGGGCUGCUGGAGCAUCUGGCCAGCUUACUUGUCCUCUCCAUGCUCAGCCCAGAGCACAAGAAGGCAACCAACAAAUUCUGGUGGGAAAACAAGGCUGAGUACCAGAUGAAGGAGAAGUUUCUGAUCUCCCCCCAGGAUUAUGCACGAUUCAAGAAAAAUAUGGUGAAAGGUUUGGAUUCCUAUGAGGAAAAAGAGGAUGAGGUGAUCAAAGAGAUGGCCGCUCAGAUCCGUGCAGUGGAGCACAGCCGGCAGGAGGUGGUCCGGUCCGUCUUAGAGGUUGGUUUCCCUCGGAGGAGCCAAAGCAGUAUCCAAACCCACGAUCCUUGGUGACCCGGGGUUCUCCCAGGCGCGGCAGUUCACCUGCGAACUCUUCUAGGAAAGCUCAUGGAACCCAGCACCGCAUCUGCUCAACUUGAACUCCCUUACCUGCGCCCCCGUGCCCCGGGGGCAGGCCUUGUCAGUGACGAAGUGGGGAGGGCUGGGAGUGAGGGCAGAGUUUGCAAGAUGGGUAUUAUUCUCCAUAUGCCAAUUUGUUUCUUCUGGAGGGUGG